AUGCACGACGAUGUUUUCGAAGGUGUUCUCACGCAAGGCGUCAACGCCCAACUCAUGACGGAUGCUCACCGGGCAGAGUGGGCUGUGGACGGGGUCGCCUUCGUCUUCUCAGACACAAACGACGAGGAGAGGAAGCAAGCCCUCCUUGAUUUUCGGAUGGAGCUCGUUACAGCCCUUGAGCAGUUUCUGAUUGACUUCAGCGAUCGACGUCAGCUGUCAGAGAACGGCACACUAUGCCUCCUUCAGGCUGUCACAACCCAAAUGUCGCAGUGCGGACUGGCCAACCUGGACCGCUGUUCCAGAGCAGGUGAGUAUAUGGUCGGAGGGGCACAUCUGAAGCAGCACGUGAAUUACAACAUCUCUUGUAUGGACGCUGGCCCCUUGGGGGAGGCCUUGAAGCUAACACUGGGCUGCCUCAAGGAAGGCUUCCAGUUCCUCCAGCGGACAGUACGAACUCACAUCGAGGAUGGUGCUGGCGACGACAUGUCUACACAAGGUUGCGACCCGUCGUCACGGAUGUACCAGUGUGCGACGCUGAGGUUCACGACCAAGCCGGGCCUGGAAUCGCCGCACGGCCAAGACGAGAUCCUAUGUGACGUUUUAGACGUCUACGACGAAGUAUUCAUCAAAGAGACUUGA